UGUACAAAUCAUCACUUGUGUCUCCCCUUUGUCAGUUCAACAGAUUUUUCCCUCACUAGCACCGUCACAUCCACUGUACUAGAAUAUCCCGGCGAGAAGGACCCGAAGCGAAGCGGAAUUUAAGUCUGAGUUGCCUGGUAGAACGCAAUCAGACCGUGAAAUUAUGGCACACGCUCAAAACGGAGCAAUCAAAACAGCUGAGGGAACCUCGACCGUCGAUUUCAACGACCAGUUAGCAUGGAAAAGGGUUUCCUAUACAUCUUUGUUAUCAAUUAUUCUCGGUUUUCCAGGUGUGGUUCAAUAUUUCUUCGGCUUGCCGUGGUGGUCUUAUCCCUUUUUAUUUCUCCUAUUCCUCGUUCCUCUGUUUGGGAUUUUUCUCGUGGUCUAUAAUCGUCUAUGUGUUUGGGAACUCGGCACUGAAGGAUCUUGUGUCAGUCAAUACAUCACCUUCCAUGACAAAUCGCUCGAAAAAACCUACGGCAAACGAAAAAUCCCAUUCUAUGUGCUGUACGAAGCCUACGCAGAUGGUAGACUCGACUUCAAAAUGGACCCGCUUCAAGCCUUGGAAAAACGAAAGCUCUUCGCGACUUUUGAACUAUCCUUUUAUCAUUUGAAAUUCUUCGUCUUCAGUUUUAUCCCCGAGUUGUUGUCUCAUUCAAAAAACCAGGAUUGUAAACAGGUACGUGACCAUUAUGACCGAGGCAAUGAUUUCUACGAGGCCUUCCUUGGCCCUCUUAUGAUAUAUACGUCGGGAAUGGUGCACGAUAAAAGCGAAACUUUAGAGGAAAUGCAGAAGAAUAAACUGGCGAUGGUCUGUGAGAAAGUCCAGAUGAAAGAAGGUGACCGGCAUUUGGACAUUGGGUGUGGUUGGGGUACAUUGGUCAACUAUGCAGCUGAGAAUUGUGGGACCACCUCAACUGGGGUCACUCUGGCGAGGAACCAAGUCGAGUGGGGUGAGAGAGUGUCACAACUGAAGGGUGYUACUGCACGCACUAAAUUCUUGUGUAUUGACUACCGUGAUAUACCCACAGGGAAAUAUGACAAGAUUACCUGCUUGGAAAUGGCUGAACAUGUAGGUGUGCGACAUUUCCAGGCAUUCCUUAGACAGGUGUCUGAUUUGCUGGAAGACGAUGGUGUAUUCUUCCUUCAAAUUGCUGGGCUGCGCAGAGCAUGGCAGUGGGAAGACUUUGUCUGGGGAAUCUUUAUGGCCAAGUAUAUCUUUCCUGGAGCAGAUGCAAGUUGUCCUCUUGGUUGGUUUGUGACUCAACUUGAACAGGCUGGCUUCGAGGUCCAAGGAACAGAGAAGGUUGGAAUUCAUUACUCCUACACCAUCCAACGCUGGUAUGAAAACUGGAUGCGCCCAAACACCCAAGAAGCCAUGAAGCAAAAGUAUGGGAGAAUUUCACGUGUAUGGGAUAUAUUUCUAAGUUGGUCUACCAUCAUAGCAAGGCAAGGAAAUUCAACUUGCACGCAGAUCGUGUGCCACAAAAAUCUUAACAACUACAAUCGCUCUAGGUUCUUCAAGCUUAAAAACAAAUAACUUUCAAGUUGUCUUUGGCCAAAUAGGUAAACUGAGCAGCAAAAUCAAUAGCUCUAGGCUCUAGUUAUAACUAACAGGAAUAAUGUUCUUAUUUCCAGUUACUACUUAUUAUACUUAGACAGUCAUGCAUCCCUAGAGGCUAGUUUAGUUAACUAAAGUAAAUCAAAUGCUACUGUAGGCCUAUGGUAUAUAACUCUACAAAAUAUGAAGAAAUUGAAAUUUUAAAUGAUCGCUGGACAGACCUCAAUUUAUUAUCAGUUAAACAUGCUAGUUUACUUCUCGCAAAGAUAUAAGAAAUUUGAAAUAAUUUAGAAUUCAUUAGUGCUAAUGAAGUUUGUAUUAAUUUAAUUAUCAUAUUUCUCUUCAACUUCAAACUAGAUUUAAGUUUUAGUACAUUUUUGAUUAUCAUUUAAUCUUUAUUUUUAAUUUGCCUUUUCAUAUGGUUUUUGAUAGAAUUUGUUCCUUUGAUGCAUUUAACAAUAUAUUUUGAUUAUAUUAUAAUUUUUUAAGCGAGUGAUAAGCAUCUAUUGUUCCAUAUAAGACAAGCAAAACCUUAGAAAAUUACAUAUUUUCACUUUUUUAAAUUUUUCAUUCGAUAAAUUAUUCUUUAGGACUUUUCCCCAGCUCUUCAUAUCUUAUUUUAUUGAAAAUUCAGUGUACUGUUAAAUUCAUUUAAGGCUAUGUCCUUUGUUUAUAGAUUUACCUGAAUUCCUGGUGAUUUGGUAAGUUYCUUUAUGUGGCAUUAUGCAAAAUGAUAAAAGUUUUUUGCAGCUGCAUUCCUGUAAGACAUGCAAGGAACCCCUUUGAACUACAGGCAAUGCCUUAUUAUAGUUCAAUACAAUUAUCUAACCUAAAUUUGUGGGUCUCUAGUCUCUAGCUACCAAAGUUUGAUCUUAGAAUUAACUAAACCAUGCUGCAGAAAUUUAUAUUUAAACAAAAUUGAAAUAUUACACAAUGAACCAGCUUACAAUUUUUAGAGCUUUGUUAAUAACUAGUCAAAAUUUCAAACUCUCGGAAAAAUACAUUACUAAGGUCAUGUUAAUUAGAAAAUUAGAAUUAUUACCAAUAUUUAUUUAUUUCAAUUUAUAAUUUAAGGGUUUUAUCAGACUGCUUGUGCUUUAUUUAGAAAUAUAUAUAGCCUUUGACAUGCAUAGAUUGCUAAUAUCGAAGAAGAAUAAAAUGGCCUCACUUGAUCCAAAUCUACACAUUGCUAAUAUCAGUUUUUCUAACGUAUGAUUUUUUCUUGAUUAUUUAGUGUAUAGGGAAUGAUCAUUUUAUUUUGUACAUCGAUGGGCCUGGUUUUUUGCCCUCAGKUUUUGAUAAGCUGAUUAAAUCUUGUGAUCUUGAGCAAAAAUGAAAAUUGUCUGUUACAGAAUCUGAUAAGAUAGUCUUGAGGGAAGUAAGCAAGAUAGAUUCAAUUUGAAAAGUUGGAGUGGUUUCAAGAUGGUAGUUAGAGGGUGUUCUUUUUCGGUGUACACAGUGUACACAGUCAUCUCUAAGAUUGGAAGCCCUCAUAAGUGUGAAAAACAAUAGCUUUUCGCCYCAAGAUGAGGACAAUCUGAAAGUAGAAUUCAUGGUUCUGACUCAUAAGUUUUCUCAGUGGGAUUAAAAUCUUGUCUCACAUACAAUAWUACACAGCAAUUUGAUUUGAUUUUCACAUACUGUUGAAACAAUUUAGAAUCAAUUUUUUCACGAUCUGAGUAUUAAAUUCUGAGAUAUUCUAGUAAUUUGUGGGGUAGGGCUUAAGCAAGGGAUUGAACCAUGAAUUAAAGGCAAUGGUCUGCAAAUGGGAAAGAAUGUAAUGUCCUUACACUGUUAUCUUGAGAUUCCACYGACUUGAAUAAUAUUAAACAUAAUUAUAUCUAGAUUUAUGCUACAGUUAUGAACAAGAAUAGUCUUGGUUAUUUAGCUUGUAUCAAUCUUGUCAUACACUUAGAAAGGGCACAUUAAUAUUGCAUAUCAGAUCUUUGAACUCAAAACAUACAUUGACAAUUUUAAAAUCCUUUUUUACAAUUCAAGAAUUUUUUGCUGUUUURAUAAUAUCAGGAAAAUUACUUCGAUGAAACAAUUAUAGUUUUAGUUUUCACCUUAAGUUUUUAUACGUGAAAAAAACACUAGAGAAAGAUAAAGAAUGUAGGCACUAGCAUCAAAAUAUGGACACAUUAUUCAAACACAUGAAAUUAGUGAGUGACAAUAAUUAAUUUGCUUUCAGAAAAUGUUUGGGAAAUAUCRUCACGCAGUAAUCACAGUCACUUUAAUUUUUAAACAACAUCUGGAGUAUUUACUAAACUAAUUCAACUAACUARCUCAAUUUCAAUGUUACUGAAUGAUUAAAUUAAUCCUUGGCCAAUUCUUGGCCAAAAGGUACGAUUACACGGAACAGUUUUCUCUGCAGCUUAUGUCACAACGGCGUUGAAACACGAGUUGCAAGAUUGUCUACAYGCUGCAGAUCAUUGYCAAAAGUAGAAACAAAUUCUGMAACUUGUCUYGCAAUAUUUUUCAAAUUGUGCUGUAUGUUACAGUCGUUACACACUGCUCCAUGCAGAGAWAAUUGUUCCGUGUAAUCGUGCCUUAAGCCAAUGAAUACCAAAUCAAUGAUAUUGUGUAAGAAAAAAUAUGUAUCUUAAAUUCUAGACAACUGUCGUUGAAGUUGGAUGAAAGUAUUGUGAAAUUACGAUUGUAUUACAGUACGUCAGCCCACAAAAUAUUUUGUGGUGUAAAGUAACAUAAUKAGAAUUCUUUUGUUUGAUUUACACAAUAGCUUAGAUUUUUACUGCUAUUAUGAGAUUAAUUUUUGAAGAGGGUGUUAUUUAAUGUAAACAAAUAUUAUUAAUUUGUUAGGUUGGUAUUUGAAAUAUUUAUAUUCAAGGGAUGGAAUUCUACUUUCAUAGGGUAAUUUUUCAUACCAUCAAUGUUAUCAAGGGUUAAGAUGCGAUAUAUCUAAUUCAGAAUAAUAUGAGAUUUGAAUAUUUAUCUUUUUCUAGUUGACCACAUGUAUCAAUUUUUAAAUUCCUGGAAUAGUAAUAAAUAAUAGUAAAAAAUAUUUAUUUAUAAUAGUAAUAGUUAGAUAUAUAUAGGGUUCUUUUUACUAGCUACAUGCACGAGCAGAAUUUUAUCAAGCCAUAGGAUCAGACUAUGAAGUUACAGUACAGUUUAAUAAUAAGUGUAUUACGUUAUAAYGGUGAAUUAGCCCAACGCCUUAAGGUUCUGUUGUGCAAUAUUUCCAUGACGGACCCUAAGAACAUCUGCAAAGAAGGCUAAUGGUCUAAGGAAAGUAUCAAGGAAUGGUAGAGUGAAGUCAUUUAACCCGUGAAAUAUAUAUUAGACUAAUACACAUUUAUUUCACGGGUUAUAUGCCUUCACUCUACUAACUUGUAUAAUGAAAUGUAAAUAACGAUGGAAUGAUUUUACUUGCUUGUGAAACAGAGUCGUAUUUUAGUGAGUCAAAGUAAAACAAAAGAAAACGGAUUUAGAGUGUACUCUACAGCUAUGUAUUAUGCUUACUUUAUUUUCAUGAGACAAGUAAAAUUGUUCCAAUUCUGCACAUUAUUUACUUAGUUUCUGCAUAUUGCUUAUGGAAAUGCCUUGUUAUACRAGCAUGUUGUUAGUAAAAAAGACAGUUGAUUUAUUGAAUGUAAACAUAUUAUAAAUAAAAGCUUGUUAGCUUAUAGUUUUUAAAGCAUAAAUUCAAAUAUUUAAUGAUUGAUGUGAAAUAGAGCUACUGAAUUAAUUUAAGCGCUAUAAAAUAAAGAGACAAUAUCUAUAAGUAGGGCUGUGUAUGCAGCUCUAUCUUUGAUUUUGAAAAA